AUGCCUAUGCAUAUAAUGUCUUGUUUUAGACUGUCUAAAGGAGUCACAAACAAGUUGUCUAGUGCGGUAUCAAAUUUCUGGUGGAGUAACAAUGGACAAACAAGAGGGAUACAUUGGUUGGCUUGGAAUAAGUUAUGUAAGCAUAAGUCUGAGAGUGGCUUGGGCUUCAGGGUCCUCGAGGAUUUCAAUACGGCGCUAUUGGCAAAGCAACUAUGGCGCCUGCUGGAUAGCCCAGGAUCACUUUUUUCACGGGUCUUCAAAGGACGUUAUUAUCGGAAUGCCACUCCUUUGGACCCCAUAAAAUCCUACUCUCCUUCCUACGGAUGGCAGAGUAUCGUAUCAGCUCGACCUCUGGUUAACAAAGGGUUUAUCAAAAGAGUUGGUUCGGGAUCAUCUAUCUCAGUUUGGGAUGAUCCUUGGAUUCUAGCAUCUCGCCCGAGGUCAGCACAGGGAAACGGGAUAAAUUAUUACCCACAUCUCCGAGUGCGGGAUAUAAUGACUCCUGGAAAAUCAACGUGGAAUCUUCCACUAUUAAAUCAACUUUUUGAGAGUACGGAUAUCUCCCUCAUUAUGGGGAUGCCGACAGCACAGCGGGAUAGGCCGAACUCGCUCAGAUGGUUUUAUACAAAGACAGGACAGUACACAGUUAAAUCAGGGUACACACUGGCCGAAAGGUCUAGAGAGGAUGACACCAGGCCACAUUUUGGCCCAGAUGUCUGCCGCCUUCAGGCACAGGCAUGGAAAAUACCCUGCACCCAAAAACUUCAACAUUUUUUAUGGCAAAUCUUAUCGGGGUGUAUCUCAGUGGGAGCACGAUUACGGAGCCGUGGUAUACAGACUGAUCCACUAUGCAUGCGCUGUGGAAUGGCGGCAGAAACGAUUAAUCAUAUGGUUUUUGAAUGCCCACCGGUGUUACAGGUUUGGGCGUUAUCUCCCGUUCCAACAGCCAUUAGCAGGUUCCCAACGGAAGGUUUGUUUACGAAUGUGGCACAUCUUUUCUGGAAUUUACCAGAUGAUGAUAGGAUGAGAAUGUACCCUUGGUUAAUUUGGUUUAUAUGGAAAGCCCGAAACGAUAAGGUCUUCUCUAACGUAGAUUGGGAUCCUUACGAGAUUAUCAAUCAUGCGGCAGCAGAGGCGUCGGCCUGGGCGUCCGCUCAAACGCGCCAGGGCGCAGUGAGUGUACCUUUGGCAGACACGGUGGACUCAGGUUUUAUGGGUGAUCGAUGUCAGGUGGACGGAGCCUGGAAGGAAUCGGAUUCUCGAGCGGGAUUAGGAUGGUACAAUUUUAAUAUGGAGACAGGCGAAGAGCAUUUUGGCACAUGUAACCUGUGGAGGGGAAUUUCUUCCCUUCAAACCGAGGUGGAAGUCUUGCUAUGGGCAAUGCAAUGUAUGCUGCGACAUAACAAGUUAGAAAUGGUGUUUGAAACGGAUUGCUCCGACGUGGUACAGAUGGUGUCUAAACCUGAGGAGUGGCCAGUUUUUCGGAUACUUUUGGACGAGAUUGACAGAUGUAGAAGAUGUUUUACCUCGUGCUCCAUUAUGUACAUAUCGCGAACCAACAACACGAAGGCGGACAAGUUAGCACGGAGUGCUCGAGCUCUACCUACUAGUGUGUACUAUGUAAACUCUGUUCUUCCAGCUUGGAUCCCUGAGUUGUAA